GGGUGUGGAAAACGAUUUUCUCUUGACUUCAACCUGCGAACACACCUCCGUAUUCACACUGGAGAUCGUCCCUAUCCUUGUCCACAGCCCGGCUGUACUAAGCGGUUCGCUCAAUCUACCAACCUUAAGUCACAUCUGGCCACACACAGUAAAUUACGCCAGCCAACUCCCUCCGGAGUGUCUGUCUCAACCACUGUCGCCUCAUCCACACAUGCCUCUCCGACUGGUCAGCCCGUGAAUCCCGGCUCUGGGGGAGCCAUGAAUGCUGCAGGCCUUGCUGUAGGCGCCGCAAUCACAUCUGCCGCCAGCAGUGCUUCUGGAAGCCUCGGAUUGUCCGCAAAUGCUGGCAUGAGUUGUUUAGCCUUGACUGGCUCCGUGGGUCAAGCACGCGGGAUUCAUACGGUGUCCGGCCUUUCUCCGCCCCUAGGAAACAAAUCCAUUGGCACUGCUGUUACCAAUGCCAUUGCAUCAAGUGUUGGCCCAAGUAGUGGGUCUUCUGGGGGCGAUUCUGUUGAAGCUAUGGGCUCGCUGUAUUCACGGCAUCACCAACAUCCUCACAGCAAUUCGUUCCUGGGCCAGCCGAAGCUCUUCGGUUAUGGCAUUCGGUUCACUCCGUCUAGUGUGGAUGAGUAA